UUUGACAAUAAUUGUCAGCUUGACGCACAUUGCUUUGUCUCAGUCGACAAAGUUGUGCAAAGCAAGAAAUAGGUGAAGACAGGUCGCUCCUUGUUUUAUUUCAAAAGGAAUUUAAAUUUUAAAAUUUUAAAAAAUAAUAAUUAGAUUUGUUCUAAUAACCAAUAAUUCAGAAAGCUAAAAUGAUAAAUACAGACUCUGAAGACGCUACAAAAAAAUGCCCCACAACAAACCAAGCUCUCUAUGAGCUGCCUGACAACAUUAAUUACCAACUAUCACCAAUCACGAGCAUGGCAGAGCGAAGGGCUUUAAAGUCAAAAUUUGAUCGUAUUUAUGAAAGAUAUAAUAAUUUAUUGCAAGAAAUCACAUCUGCAAACUUACGUUUCAGACAACUAUGUGAUCAACUUGAUUACACACCUAAAAAUACUGGAGCUUAUGAAAAACUCAAGAAAGAUGUCGAAAUUGAAUAUUGUAAGCUGACAAAUGACAAGGCACUUCAAGAUAAAAUGACUUAUUUUAAAUUCUUACACAAUGAAUUAACGGAGAUCAAAGAAGUGGUCAUUAAUUACGAUAACAAAGUUUUGGCCAACUUGAAGUUGUAAACGACAGUAAACUAAACUCAACAUUUUAAAUUUAAUAAUUGCUAUAAAUUUAAUUACUGUUAUAAUUAUUUAAUAAUUACUUUAAUUAACGUUAAUUACUGAUAAUAGUUAUAUAUUGUAUUAUAGAAUA